CUAAUAUGAGCAGUUCGGCAACUAGCGUACAAAAAAAAAUGAGAACUUCUGAUAUUUUACUUAAUUCUAGUCAAACAAAAUUUAAUUUACGAACUCCAAAAGUUUUGGAACUAUCUAAGCAAAUGGUCUCUGGCACUACAAAGGUUUCAGAACAAUCCAAGCAAUCAAUCUCUGGUCCUUCAAAUGUUUCAGAACAAUCCAAGAAAUUGGUAUCUGGUCCUCCAAAAGUUUCAGAACAAUCCAAACGACCGAAUUUCAAAACUCCAAAACCUUUGAAACAAUUAAAACGACUGAACUCCAAACUACCUGUUUUACCAACAGUUAGACCACCUUUUAACAUAGAACUAUUUGAAAGAACUUUACCUCCUCCUCCUAAG